AUGUCACCUCCUUCUCUAUCUUCUCCACCAUCUCCAUCUUCACAUUCACCUCCAUCUCCGCCACUUCCUCCACAACCUCCACCUACGCCGCUGCCUCCUUCACCCCCAUCGUUGUCGCCUCCUCUCCUCCGCCUCUUUCACCUUCAUUGCCGUCUUUUAAUUGCAACCCCAGUUGUCUUCCACAGCUCUGGCGAAGCUAUACCGUCGGAAACCACAGCAGGGGUUGCUUUGGUGCCUCCCAGUUUGAUGCUGAAUAAAUGGCACACUGAGACCAAGAGCAUGGAACAAAAUGUUAAGGUGUAUACUCAGACGAAGCUUCCCCAGGAAAUAAUAUCCGGAGUCGAAGAAAAAGCAGAAAUGUUAUCACCCUUCCAUAUAUCCACAACCAACUUGGCAAAAAAGCUCAGCCCCGAUGUGAAGAACAGAAAUCUCUCCAUUCCCCACAUUGAAUCAAAGGUGUCUCCUUUGUUGUUUCAAGCAUUUUCGACCAUUCCGUACCUCUCACAAGUGUCAUACGUACAAAGAGAUGGUUUGUUAUUUUCAUACUACAAGCAAGGCAAUCAGCAACCUAUUGCUGUUUAUACAAACACCUCGGUAACUUCAGCAGCCAAACACAACCUCACUUGCUACUCCCAGCCUGCAAAUCGCGAUACUGGGAGAUUAUAUGGAGUGGUUACUUCCCAUUCCUGUAGCACAUUACUUAACCAGUCAAUGCUUCAUAGUGUCCUGGAAAGUACCAAUGGAACUGCUUUUGUGGGACCUUCAUGGAUUGACAACGACGAUCUGCUAUUUCUUAAUACAGCUGUUGUGGAUGGGAGAGGAGCGCUAUUUCAGCUGGGAUUUGAAGUAAAGGCUAUAGCACAGUCCUUAUUUGGCAGCACAAGGAACCACGGAAGUCUGUUUUUGGGCACAAAGGGCGGGCAAGUACUCACCAAUGCUAAGAUCCCGAACACUCGAAUUGUUAUUGUUGGUAACAAUUCAGUUGCAGUGAAGCUGUUGAAUCACAAUGGUGAUGAAGUAGGAGAUGUUGCUGGUGACAUUACUUGCCAACCAAAUGAUGGCACAAUACAACCUACGCCUAUCAACAUUUUGGGAACAGAAUAUGAUUUCUAUUGUUCAACAGUUGAAAUCCUAGGGGUGGAUUUGGUUUUGGUAUUGGCUAUGCAAGUUCAGGGACCAGAGACAUCUAUGCACAAGAACUUCAACGAAUCACAUAGAUAUCUCAUUGGGACAAUCUGCGCCAUACUCAUUUUCACUACCGUUUCUGUAGUCUUUGUUGUCACCGCAUCACAGAGAGUGUCUAAGUUGCGUGCUGCUUUGGAAGAACAAGUGGCUGCAACAGCUCAAGAAGAAAGAAAAGGUAAUAGGAGGAGUAGUUGCUACGCGGAAGCCAGUCACGAUGUUCGUGCCUCUCUGGCAGGGAUUAUCGGUAUGGUAGAUAUAUGCCUCACCCAAGUCGAGCCUGGAUCCAGUUUAGAGGGAUAUAUACAAGGCAUCCAGACUUGUUCACAAGAUCUUUUAGGUAACAAUUAA